GCGCGCUGUGCGGCCGGCUCCCAGCUCAGCGCAAGAUGGCGGCGGGCGCCUCGGACCCCCUGGAAGAGAUGCUGCUCUUCUCCGAGGAGGUGGACGAGAAGGCGGUCAGCGAUCUGGUGGGCUCCUUGGAAUCGCAGCUGGCCGGCGGCCGGGGCUCCGCCGAGGCGCCCCAGCCCAGGACCUCCGCCCCAUCCCAGCAGCAGCAGCCGCAGCAGCAACAGCAGGGGAGCCUCGCGGGGGGCAGCAGCCCCGUCCGGCAGCAGCAAGGGCAUCCCGCGCCUCCUCCCGCUGCCGGGGCAGAGGAGGCGGCGGGCUGCCCCGGAGCCGCGGAGAGCCGAGCCCCUGCCCAGGGGCCGCUCCCCUCCCCGUCCCCCCCGGCAGCGGCGGCGGCAGCGGCGGCGGCGGCGGCAGCGGCGGCGGCAGGGAGGGGAGCGAGUGUAAACAGUAGUAGUGUGCAGCAAUCACAUGGAGCGGCUCUCCUCAGCAGCGGCGGCGGCGGCAGCAGCCCCGCCGCCCCUGCCCCGCCGCAGCCCGCCGCCCCCCCGCCCCAGCCUGUCAACAACCAUGUGGCCGCUGCCGCCGCCGCCCGGGACGCGGGGAGCCCCAGCCCCGCCGGCAGCCCGCCCGCCGCCAGUGCACCGCCGCAGCGCGCCGAGGCCGUGGCGGGGAGCGGGACCCCGGCCGAGGGGGGCUCCGCCGCCGCCGCCAGCACCGCGCCGCUCCCCGGCGAGGCGGCGCCCAACGGGGAGGGCGCCGGGGGCCGGCCGGCGGCGGUCCCACCAGUCAGCAGCCAGGGCCGGCCCGGCACCGCAGCGGCGCCCGGCAAGCCCGCGCACGGCCCGCUCCCCGCAGUAAACGCACUCAGUAACUCCGCCAGCCCCGCGCCCGCCCCGCCGGGACAGGCCUCGGCCGCCAACGGCGCCCCGCCGGCCGCCCCCCCGCCGGCCGCCGCUGCCCCCAAGGCGCCGGUGGGCCCGGGCAAGGCGGGCGCUGCCCCCCCCGCCGCCCCCCAGGCCCUCUCGCCCCGGCCGGCGCUGGGCGCGGCCCCCCGGCUGGUGGCCCCCCAGCUGAUCGUGCGGCCGCCGCAACAGACCACCAUCCAGCUGCCCCCCGGCUUCACCAUCCCGCCCGGUAUGGUGCUGGUGCGCACGGAUGCUGGACAGCUUGUGAUGGUGCCUCAGCAGGCUCUAGCGCAGGCUCAAAUGCAGGCUCAAGUACAAACACAGGGACAAGGUCCUACCAGCAUUUCACCGAGGCUUUCGGUGCCCACAACCGGCCCUGUUUUUCGCCUAUCAACAGCUCAGCAACCAACUUCUGUAGCCACAUCUACUGUCCGCCUGGGACUUCCAGUGCAAGCCAAAGUUGUCCAGUCAACUGCCACACCAGUCAGCGCUACGUCUGCCGCGGCGCUGCCGGGAGGCUCUGUUCUCUCUCACACCACCGUAUCAGUAGCUACGACGAGCGCUCAAAAUUUAUUCAAGACAACAGUAGCAACUGGAACAUCAGCUUCUCAACAACCUGCAGUGAUUACUGGUGGACAGACUCAAGGUUCAGCACAAAGCCAGGGUCAGCCUCGGCUGCCGCUUCCGCCUCAUACGACAGCCCAAGUACCAGCACAGCCCCAGGUCAUACCAAGCUCUCCGGUACCUGGAACCACCGUUGUAUCACAGGAAAUGCAAGAGAAUGUGAAAAAAUGCAAAAACUUUUUAGCUACCCUUAUAAAACUUGCUUCUCAUAACUCACCGUCUCCAGAAACGUCCCGUAAUGUGAAAGCUCUGGUUCAGGAUUUGUUGGAUGCAAAGAUUGAUCCAGAAGAAUUUACAGGCCGCCUUCAAUCGGAACUCAAAUCAUCUCCUCAGCCAUAUCUUGUACCUUUCCUUAAGAAAAGUCUACCUGCAUUGAGACAAUCUUUACUGAAUAGUCAACAUUCAGUUUUGCAAGGACAGCCGUCUCAGCAGUCGCUUCAACAAACCAAGCUAUCACAAGUUAUACCUCAAUCUGCCUCUGGAAGCAUUUCCGCUGUUGUCACAACGCAGACAAUAGGAAUAAGGCAACCAAACAACAUUUGCACAGUCUCUGUAUCAAAUACAGUGCAGCCUCCUCAGGUUAAGGUGGUACAGUCAAAUCAGAGUUCUCAACUGCAGAUUAUCCAGUCAACAUCUGCUCAAACUGUGAAACGAACCCCUGCUUGCCAGACUACCCAGAUUAGGAUGCCAGUGGUAAUAACUCAGACCAUUAGACCACAAGGCACAGUAGGGAAGGCACCAACAAUACAAGCCAGCAAAAGUCCUGGGGGCUUUGGUGUUCAGGUCUCUGCAAAUCAGAAAAACAAGCUGAAUGACCCUGGAGGUGGUUCUUUCAGAGAUGAUGAUGACAUUAAUGAUGUUGCCUCUAUGGCUGGCGUUAAUCUUAAUGAAGAAAGUGCCCGAAUUAUGGCUACCAACUCUGACUUGGUUGGAACCCAGAUACAGUCCUGUAAAGAUGAACCCUUUCUUGCUGCUAUACCUCUACAUAAACGCAUACUUGAAACGGCUAAAAAACUAGGAAUUACUGAUGUGCCAGCCGAGGUGGUUACUUUUAUUUCCCAUGCAACACAAAACAGAUUAAGAACGGUGAUAGAAAAAGUGACCGUGAUAACCCAGCACCGAAUGGAAUCGUACAAAGAUGAUGAAUGGUAUGAACAAGCUACAGACGUCCGAUCACAAUUAAAGUUUUUUGAGCAGUUGGAGCGUUUAGAAAAGCAAAGGAAAGAUGAACAAGAGAGGGAAAUCUUGCUAAAGGCCGCCAAGAGUCGCUCAAGGCAAGAAGACCCAGAGCAAGCUAGACUGAAACAAAAAGCAAAGGAGAUGCAGCAACAAGAACUUGCACAAAUGCGGCAGAGGGAUGCCAAUCUAACUGCGCUGGCAGCUAUCGGUCCCCGGAAGAAACGGAAGCUUGAUUCGCCUGGACUGCUCACCAUAGGAGGAGAGGGCCUCGCUGUGUCCGGCGGCGGCCAGGCCGGCGUGGGGACGCCUUCCUCCAGGCAGUACGCACGACAGAAAAUAACUCGCGUAAACCUCAGGGACUUCAUCUUCUACAUGGAACAGGAGCGAGAAACGAGCCAUUCUCUCCUGCUCUAUCGAGCUCUGCUUAAAUAAAGCCAAGAACUGUACUGAUUUCUCCAUACGGAAGCUCAACCUGCAUUGAAAAGCUGUCAUUUUAAUGUGCCUUCUAUUUUUUUCAGAAGUCAACGUUCCAGUAAUUUUGUUUUGUAAAAUUGUCAGACACAUGCAAUAAAUUCCCUUUAUGUAAAAAAAAAAAAAAAAAAAAAAAAAAAAAAUUAUAAAAAACACACAAAAAAAUGUGCAAAAGGUUUUGAAACGUUAAAUCCACAGAUGGAACCGACACGGAAGCCAUGCUCCGUUCGGCCGCUGGGGCUGGAGUGGCCGGCGCCACGGUUCGGCCACGGGAGCGGCAGCAGCCGGCGGGAGCCGCUGCACGGCGAGGGCUGGGGCAGGUACGCGGGGCUGGGGCCGGGCCGGGGGCUCACCUCUACCCUCACCGCGGGGCUGGUUUGCUUUUCUCUUCGGUUUUACCAGCACAGUUUCCACCGACUAACCGUGGCGAUACCUGGUGUUAUUUUAGAUUAGUUAUAAUUGCAAUUUUUUGCACAGUUCAGAGAAUAGCCACUGCACACUCCCACAAAUUUUAUAUAUUUGGGAUUUUUGCUUUUACUGCACAGCUCAUUUCCUGAGCCAUUUGCUAAUCCAGAUCCUAAGUGUAUGGAAUCUGCACGUUUGGUCCCAGCGGAGUUCCCCGGACUCGCUUCUCGGUGUUUUCUAGAGCUCCUCAACCUUUUGCACAUUUGUAGCGACUGGUUAGUAACACCAAUCCAAGUUGGGUUUUAUUUUCUGAAAAAAAAAAAAUAAUCUUAAUUUAUUUAUUGCAAAGAGUAUGGUUUAAUGGUGGUUUUAAAAGAGAGUAUUGUUCAGUGAAGAUUUUAGAGUAUUCUAUAUGGAUUUUUAAAGUCGCCAUAGAGGAGGUUUUGGGGGUGUCCUGCUCCAGGGGCAGCAGGUGACGCCGCGGGGACCGGCCCAGCCCGACCCUCGCGUGGAGCGUGGGACCCGGGACUCCCGUCCGCGCAGGCUCAUCAACAAGCAGCAGGACUUUCAGCGUAAGGAGUAGUUUUAAGUACUUAAAGGUGGGUGGAUGCUUUUUAAAUGCUUUGCUGAAUUGGGAUUUAAGGGGCCCACGGGGCAGCCGAGCCACCUCGGGGCCAGUCUCGGACACGGGGGUGGACAGGGAUGGCUCCGGGCUGGGGGGCACGAGCUCUUGUACUUCCAACGUAACAGUAUUAGCAGUAACCACGCAAGGGAGACCUUUGCUUAUUUAUCUUUUCAAUUUUUACUAUGUUAUGCUUGCCACUUUUUUGAGGCAAAUUUUUUUUUUUUUUUUUUGGAUGGGAAACCAUAGCGAAAGCACAAAUAGAACUAUUUGUCCAAUAGUUUUAAAAACAAAAGUUUUAAUUAUUUUUUAAGGUUUAUGAAAAGCAGAAGAAAAUUUAUACUGCUGCUAUUUAGCCAAAAGAUUAUUCAUAAGGUAUUUAAGGCCAGGAAGUGUAAAAUUAUGUUUUAAAUGUAUUGAUAAUUUGUACAUAUUGUUUAUAAAGGCCUUGUGUUUAUUAGAAUUACGUUAUUUUGAUGAUUUCUGUACAUACUCGUAAAUACCCCCAAUUUGUGUGAAAACAUACUCCCUUAUUUGUACUUAUUUUGUAAAGAAAUAAAACAAUUUACUAAAGUAACACAUCGAGUGACAUACAGUAUUAAUUUAUCAAACAUGAAUUUCACAUUGUCUCGUAGUUCUUAAGCACUCUUCAGAAACAGUUUGCAUUAAAAUAUUAACAGAAUACCCACAAAGAAAUAUUAAAACCAAAUAACUUCAACGUUUUGUUGUGCUGAUUCUUAUCCUUUGUCAAACAUCUAAUAAAGUUGUCAGCAGACCUCGAUGCCGUUCGUGGAGCGCGGGGAUGGGCUCGGCCGUGGCUCUCCGGGACGGGAUGAGUCCAACGCUCCGCGGUGGGACGGGGCCCUGCAGAACGCGCCGGCCAAGACUCCCGUCUUCAAGCCACAGUUUCGGUGCUCAACAACAGGGAAUCAGGACAAUUCGGUUCCAAUCAAAUUAGGCGAAAAACCAGGCUACGUUUAUUUUUUUGGUCUUCACACUAAAAACACUGGCUGGCUGCGCACCACAGCUUUA